GUCACUGAUAAAGUGUGCAAUUUAGAGCUAGGUUGUCAGACCUGAAAUAUGGUUCAUCAAUAGUACAUUUGGUUUACAAAACAGCUAAUUGUUUGUUUUAAUUGAUGCACGAGUGUGAUCAGGCAGUGCAUUUGGAAUGCACGGUAUUUAAUCACACCAUAGGAGAAGACCGAAAGAGUGUCUUGUGAAAAUGCAUUCAAAUUAUCAUCAGAAGUGGUAUUCAGACAGUGCGACAGGAGGCCCAGUUGAAAGAAUACCAGGAGUCGUUGAUCAGUGGGAACGCAUUGAUAUAUUCUACCGGAAUACGGGUUCUGAGGCACGUAAAGAGUGGAUUCAUGCCUUAGACACACCAAUACUUCAGUACAUUAUUUCAAAGAAGGGCAAAAGAAUAAAAGAUGCAUUCGAUACACAGGGUAUAUCAUGGAGGUUUUAUAGCUCAGGUAAUGUUCGUUCUUUUCAUUUCAUCUUUAACAAAGACUCGACACAAGACGAAAUAAGUCAAAUACUGAAAGAGAAAUUUGAAAAAGAGAUUGUUCGAGAUGUAGAAUCAAUGGCUGUAAAAGUGUCAGCAAACGUGACUGAUCGAAUCAAAAGUAAACUGAGAAAUCUUAGUCUUGAAACAGAGAAACUGAAGGCAGUAUAUUUUGAUACAAAGAACGGAUAUUUGACCUGCGUGGCAGACAAUGAUAGCCAUUUGAACGAACUUCUUAUGGACAUUGGUUACGAAGACGAAGAGAAAAUAAGACUGAAUGAUAUCAGCGCACAGGUACUACAAGAUUUACAGUUUGAACAGGCAGUUAAGACCAGUCACCCUAGGCUAAAAUGUAUCACAUUCGCUGACGAAAAUGAUUCCGUUACUUUGUUAUGGCAAGGAAAAAAAGAAACGAGCGGAUCUGAAUUGUUAGCAAAAUUUAAGGGCAAAAUAAGGGAUUGUGUUGUUUUAGAGAACGCAAUAAAUGCAAAACACAUCGUGUUUAAUACUCGCGCGGGCGGACGUGUGAAUGACACAUUCGUUGAGUACAUUAAAGAAAUGACGAAACAGUCUUUAAACACCCCCGCAAUCCCAUUGUUUACAUUUGAUUUCUCCCUAAAACGAAUAACAUUGUACACGUUGGAUAAUGUGAAGGCUAUUCAGGAGAUUGUGAACCAAUCCAUCAUCGAGAGACAACUGGACCCUGAAACCGCAAAACAUUUUUUUAAAGGAGGAUCUUCGCUUGACUUUUGUAAAAAAGCUACAGACGAACGAAAACUUCUAUACGAUAUAAAUAUAAACGGAAUCGUUUGUAUCAAAAGCGUUCAGAAGGAUCUGGAUGACUUAAUCAACCAAGCAAUACCUUACAAAGAGGAACCACUAGACUUAUCAGAAUUACAGGUCUCAUUUUUGAAACAGUAUGGCAGUCAGCUAAUGGAGCAAGUCGAAAAGAGGUAUGACAUUGCGGUGAAACUUGAAAACAAUAGAUGUUUAUUUCGAGGAAAAGACUCGCAGUUGCUACAAAAAGGAAAGGAAUUCAUGGUAGAUAGUUUGAAAAAACUGCUUACACAUAUGUCAAUAAAAACAAAUGAAGUUGCUGUUUUAAAGCUAAAAGAAGGGAUAGAAAAUGUAGUUGCAGAAAACAACUGUAAGUGGAACCUGAACUUCACAAAUGAGUUUUGCAACACUGACCUCAACAAGUACCUUGGGGCAUGGCACGAUCCUCUUGCACAUAUUAUAACUUGCGUCCAGAAUGUUGACAACGGUGAUAUGGUAGCUGCAGAUCUAGUUAUCGAAUUAACUACCAGCAACCUGUUUCCACUAUCAAAGCAUUUUACGAAAGAAAACCCCUUGGUAGGUCGAAGUACAGCUGGGAAAAUUUUUUCUGUCAUGCAUGAAGAAAUUCUAGAGGGACCAUUUCAAAAAGAUGCAUUUUGCUGCCAGAGCAUGUUCGCUUUUGUCAUAUGCUCAUCAUAUAGUCCGGGCAUGCAAUACCAAUUCAUCUCGUUCCAACAACUGAAGAAAUGCUACUUGCGUGCUUUGCAAUAUGCUGACGAGAACGGAAUGAAAUCGUUAGCUUUGUCAACGAAACUCCUGCAGUCUCCGGCUCUAGAGAACGACAUAACACCAGCCAUUCUUGCAGCGGCGUUUGAGUUUGUUGAGGCUAAUCAUCAGCACGACAUAAGGAAACUCACCUUAUGCUGCGAUAAAGAGAAUUGCCAUGACGUGUGUGACACUGUUGAGAAUCUUUAUGACAAAAGGAAAGGAUAUCGACGGAUUUUAAGCCUACCUUCGGAACCAAACAAACAGAACGCUGUUAUAAGCUUGAAUGUGAAGGUCGGCAGCAUCACUGACUCAAAGAGAGACGUUAUCGUCAACACUGUAAAUAUAAAGCUUGACUUUGCAAAGGGUCAAGUUUCGAAGAAGAUAUUAGAAAAAGCAGGCCCCGAGAUGCAAAGAGAAUGUAAUCAGAAGUACCCAAAUGGUAUUUCGUAUGAUCAGAUAGCCUACACAUGUUCCUAUAACAUUAGUUACACUGGCAACGUCAAAUACCUAUUCCACGGAGCACUGCCGGAAUAUUGUUUUCAAGGUUACGAAAAGACGGUGAAGUGCUUUGUGAAGCGAUGCUUAUACCUGGCGGACCGCCUAGACUGUAAAACGUUGGUUUUUCCUGCGAUUGGUGUAGGGAAGCUUGAUUACCCCCGAAGGGAAACGGCUACGGCAAUGUUCGAGGCGAUUGAAGAAUACCCCAAAGAAGCAGCAAACUGUGGUAUUCAGGAAGUGGACAUUAUGGUAUUUAACGGAGACCAGAAGUCAUGUAUGAAUUUUCGCGACGAAGAAUGGCGAAAGUUGAAGGGUGGAGCUAAACAUAGACCUAAACUAGCUGAAAUGAACGAGGUUGAAGCAGUUCCCUACCAGAUGCUGGUAAGGAAUAUCGGAGAAGAAACAAAAGUGAGAGUUGCGAAAGUCGGAGCGUGCCGAAUACCACCAUUCGCUUUGGAAAUUGUUAUGCGAGAAGGAUCCAUGGGAAUAAAAUCUGCUUCAAAGCCUCCGAAAUCGUGGAAUGAUCAGAUCGAUGUUUGUGUCAAGUGUGCUGACAUUCAAAGCAUAGACUUUAAAAAACUUGGAAAGGUUUUGUUCGAAGAACGAAUUACUGAAGUGUUUUUCAUUGCAGAUAAAAAGGACGACUUGCCUUUAUCUGAACAGGUGAUUCAAAUUGCAAAUUUGAUCAAGCAAUUGAGUAAAAACCCAAAUGAAGUGGUUCAAUUAAAGACAUGUACUGUUUUUGUGGAUGAACAUGUCGAAGAAACUGUUAUGGCAAAAGAUGACGGAUGGAGGUGGACUGAAUUUGUCGAGGAGUCAGCACUAUCAAUCGAACUUUUGGGUCAAACAGAAGAGUGUCUUGAGAAGGCCCGAGGUUCUAUUAAACAACUCUUGAUGGACGCGAAAGAUAAAGAGUACGAUGAACAAUUAAUGAUGGAUGUGAACAAAAAUGAAGAUCAGCAUCUUGACAAAGAAGGCGAAUGGUAUGAUCAGGAUUCCGAGGGCGCUGAAAGUGAAGAGAUGGAGGUUGAGGUUUCGGCAAUCAUAAACCCAAGCUUUAUUUCACUGAAGAAAGACAGGCUUAAAGAGUGGCUCCAGUUUGUGAGAAAUAAGUUCUCUCUGAAUGCUGAACAGAUGGGAGAAGAUGUGUCUGUCUCCGGAAAUAUUGUGUCGAUUUUGAAUUUUGAAAUGUAUCUAAACACGAUAAUUGGAAUCAAUGACGAACUUGACCCAAUUUUCGCCGAAGUAGCAAAUAAGAGAACACAAAUUGAAAUACCGAUCGAUAAAGCUUCAUAUUUUCUACUUUUAAGGAAAGAAAAACUUAAGAAAUAUGCUUCUCUAACUAGUGUCAAUGGUAUACAUUACACAGACGAGGGAGAAUUAGUGCUACGAUGUGAGGAGAGAUACUCCAACGAGAUACAAUCAGCAAUCGCUUCUGAUUUAGCAGAAAUUAAACGAGAAUACAUUUUCUUCGAAAAAGAAGAAGAUAUAAAGGAAAGAAAAAAGAAGUUUGAGGAAACAGAUUUCGCGGACGACGUCGAGAUCAGACGCACAAACUUAGCACUUUCAAUUGCUUCAGAUGAUAGAAUUAGAUUACGGGAGUCUUUCGAACUGCUGAUUCCAGAACAUCAACAUUUGAGGUGCUUGAUAAUUGGAAAAGUAAAGCUCAACUUCAUCGUUGGUGAUAUAAGAACGGUUAAAGCGGAGUUUAUAGUCAUUUCUUCGGCAGCAAAAAUGACAGGUAGAAAGGGGGCUUCAAAGGAAUUGGGAAAGAUGCUUGGUAAAGAUUUUUUGAACAACUGUGAAAAAUCCCUGGCAAAGGACGGUGAUAUAAAAGAGACAGAGUGCAGAGAAGUUGAAUCAGGAUUGGCUUAUCGUAGGUGGAUUGGACAUGUGCGGCUUCCAGUCAACGAGCAGAAGAAGACAACACAAGUUGAGCAACACACAUGUUUUCAAAGAUCCAUAUUAAACUCCUUUCAGCGUGCCGCUGCGAUGAAAUGCACAUCAAUUGCGAUGCCAUGUUUAGGAUCAGAGGUUAACACAGGUGGAUUUGGGAUAAAGAAUUGUGCAAAUGAGUACGUCAAUGCAUUCAAGAAGUUGCAGCCUUCCACUUUAAGCGAAAUAAGUUUUGUUGACAAAAACGAAAACAAAAUACAGACUGUGUUUGAGACAUUUGAUGACAAUGUAGGCGGUAAAAGUCGUUUUCAUUUAGAAACGACCGUCUGAAAUUGUGCAGAGAAAGUACUGACAUACAAUUGCGCUGCAAUUGAAACUGUCCGUUGCAGAGGGAACAAAUAUGAGUAUUGCACUUCAUUUUACCAGGCGUUAUGCAAAUGUAAAGGUGUUAUGGACGUAUAAUUCAAAUCCCAGAGAUAUCGAACCAAGUUAAUUUCAACUUGAUAACAAACCUAGUUUUACAUUAUUUAUGCACUGUGUAGUUUGUGUAGUUUUGUGAUUUUUUAUUUUUGUGUUCUAUGUCUUUGGCGUUUACCCUAUGCCAUAAAACGGGGUUUAUGUUUAAACUUUUGGCAAAUGUUUCUGUAGUUUUUCACACAAGUAUUGACGUCAGAUUCAACAUGAAAACAUGAAUGUGUAUUUUGCCAUAUAGAAAAAUUAUCAUCAUAUGGUUUGAGCAAGAUCUAUAACUACUAUUUACAUAGCCAGUUUACACAGUUGUCGUUUCUGGCUCUCUGUUUGCUUUCGUAUUGUAAUAUAAAACAUCUUGGCUCGUCUUUUAUGCGAAAACAAAAAAAUGAGGUAUUUUAUUACCGUCGACCUCGACGGCGUUCACACACUUCAACUUUUGCUAAUACUCAAACACCAAUCACGAUAUUCAAAAGCAAAUUAGUGAAUAUCGGUAACAAAAUGCAUGUGUACAGCAGCAAGUUCUUUAAAUCAGUUAUGCUCACUUUAAACCUAAAAACAACAGUAGUUCACGGAGUGGGAUAUUUUAAGUAUCAUAUAUUGUACUGCCAAUUAUGCAAUAGGGGUUGCAUAAGGCUGUACGUUGUAUCAUUUUUUGUGAAGUUAUUCCAAACUGUAUGCAAUGUUCCAAAUCGAAUUUCUAAACAAUGUACAGUAUACUUUCCUAGUUUUAUAGAUAAUUUCGUGAGAAUGAUGCCAGAGGAUACCACGACCGUCUAUAUUUUAUAAGCUGGCAUAACUCUCAAGAAUAAAAUUGAUUGUUGCAUUUAAUUUGCAUUCACUGUGUUAUCAAUUAUAUGUUUAUAUGAUGUGUUUUCGUUGCCUUUCUUGCAUAUGUUAUGUUAUAGUUUAUUAAAGUCUCGUCAUUCGUGACAACAUAUGUAAUUUAUGAUAAAACAGUUGUAAAAUGUAUUCUCUCUAAAUUAAUAUGAGUUAAUGGAGAGAAUAAUAAUUUAACUUUUAUCAUGCUAGCACACCAAACGAACGUGUGUUAUGCUUGUUCGAAAAAGGCCAAGACUCAAUGUCAUUGGCAUUAAUAUUUCAUUUAUUUUGUGUGGUUCGGACUAAUAUUUCAUUUAUUUAAUGUGGUUCGGACUAAUAUUUCAUUUAUUUAAUGUGGUUAAGACUAAUAUUUCAUUUUUAAUUAAGUAUCCCAUGACUUAUGAGGAACUCUCUUAUAUCUAACCACAAAUUUAACGUCUUCGUCUCUAUCUGCAGCCGCUAGAUUAUUUGCGACUGACGAAUUUUCUCCAUUGGUUGUGUCGAAAAAGUGCACGUUUUCAUUUUCACGAACAGUGGCUAAUAAUAUGAUGUUUAUUUUUUAGCUCUUUUCAUUGUAGUUGCCACUGUAUUACUUGAAUUUGUAGACUAUAGAUAGUAUGUAUGCAACAUCGGCGAACAAGCGUUCGUCUAGCAUAAACUUCAUUUCGUACACCAAUGACCCAUUAUUUAAAAUUGGCCCAGGAAAAAAGGAAUAUUUUGAUAGAACGCCUUUCUCACUUCUUCACGAAUAUAUCAGGUCGAGUUCACUGUGUUAAAUUGUAUUCUUCAAGACCGCAUGUUUACCGACCGAGUCCGAAUACAGGUCAUCAGAUAAUCAUCAUGUCGUUAUAGUUCAUGUAUUAUAUAUCCUUUGAUUGUUUCAAUGCAUCAGAUAAUCAUGAUAUCGUUAUAGUUCAUGUAUUAUAUAUCCUUUGAUUGUUUCAAUGUUUAAACGCACUACUUUACGUUUAAACCGAAGAAACUGCACUUGUCUUAGAUUUAACACCACAUUAUCCGGUGUUUCCACUUCAUCAAUGAAUCGAAUUAGUGAUAAAGUGCAGUUUCAUAAAUGUAAACAGAAAUCAGCACUUGAAUAUAUUCGAAAUUAGACCUUUAAUAAAUAUAACAUGUUCCUGAAAAAAUGUAUUGAAAGUUAACAAUGUAAAAAAAAAGGUUGCACAUAACAUGCUACUAUGCUGAAAUAGGUCUGGAAAUCGACAGUACUAUGAUAGGGAUAUUUUAAUACCGCAGUUUUUUUACUGUCUGAUAUGGAAAAGGAAAGUGAUAAGCUAAUAUAAAAUCAAUAAAUAUAAUAAAAAAUGAUCCUUUUUGUCUUAGGCAAGGCGAUAAAGCUAGAGAAAUUGUAUAGGUCGAGAUCGUAAAAACAACGCAUACCUCAUAAAGUAUUUUGAAGUAUAUGAAAGUACAUGAAAACCGAUGAAUUCAGUUUUAGCAACAAAUUAUUUGUCAAGUUUCCUAAGAGCAUACUCUUAAGGUCAGGACUGUACAAAUAUCAUUUACAUUUUGAUAAUGGCUAGGUCACACCCGGGAGAUUACUGUUUCUGAAUAGACGUAUGGAAACAUAAAUUGAAUACUGUCCUUGCCUAAAUAUCAGUGCCCAGGAAAUAAAAUAUCUGAAAAUAAUGUUGUCCAAAACUUUUCCUUUUUAAGGAAUGGCGCGGGCACAAUCUAAGUUGUAAAGUGGGCGGAACAAGACUAUAUAUAUUAAAAAUAUAUAAAACAGAAUAUGUAUAUGUUAUUUGAAAGUUGUAUUUGUUUUUUGUUUUUUUUCUUAUUAUUCGUGUUUGCUACAAGACCUAAAUGCGUACAAGAUAACAAAAACAAUGAUACUUUGAACAUUUGUUUCUCGGUAUAAUCAUUUUAUAAGGAAAUGUAUGAUAGCGUAGGCUAAAUAAUGAGUUUAAAAAUUGUCACUUCUACGUGUUUCUUUGUAACAUGAAAUUAUUCUUAUUUUGUUUUGAGUAAAAAUAGGUAGUUUUCUGAUUUCGUUUUAAAAUGUGACUGCUGUAUAAGAUAUCGGAUAUUAAAAGCGUCACAUUAGUAACUAUUAUACAAUAAACGCAAGCAUGAGGAAAUUGCUAAAGUGGUUGUCAUCAAAGAAUAAAUUUUGUUAAAAAACUUUGUAUAUUUGUGCUACAAAAGCUAAUAAAAUUAGAAUUUUGAUCACAAAUGCUACUGUUUCAAAAUUAUAAUUGCCUAUUUGCCUGUAUUUGUUUUAUGUUAUCUGUAUACCUUUAUUUUGUGUAUGAAUGAUAUGCAUGGAUGAGAUGAUUAAAUGGAAAUAAAUCA